CAGUUCAAGCCCCGAAAUAAGUCAGCUCCGUCAGCUGACGAGGGCGGGCCCCAGCGACGGUUCCUCAAGGAAGUUUCACUAAGGUUAUCUCGUCAGUGUGCUGCGGAUUCGGGUUUUUGCCCUCCUCCAUGCCAAAGCCUGCUCCGGGGGAGCCUGUAUGAGCAGGGGGAGCUGGCGGGUGACAGCCGGGGACGCGCCACAAUGGAGACGUUCAGCUCCAGGAACCUGGCCCUGCAGGCUGAGAAGAAGAUCCUGAGCCGCAUGGCCAGCAAGUCGGUGGCAAACGUAUUCCUGGACGACACCAGCAGCGAGAUCCUGGACGAGCUGUACCGGGUCUCCAAGCUGCACUCCCAGAACCGGUCCGAGGCCCAGAAGGUCAUCAAGAACCUCAUCAAGGUGGCCGUCAAGAUCAGCGUGCUGUACCGCAACAACCGCUUCAGCACCGGCGAGCUGGGCUUGGCGGAGGAGUUCAAACGCAAGCUGCACCAGGGCGCCAUGACGGCCGUCAGCUUCUACGAGGUGGAGUUCACCUUCGAGUCGGGCAUGCUGACCCAGCUGCUGCAGGACUGCCGGGAUUUGCUGCUGCAGCUGGUGGAGAAGCACCUGACGGCCAAGUCCCACGGCCGCAUCCGCCACGUCUUCGACCACUUCGCCAACGGUGACCUCCUCAGCCAGCUCUACAGUCCCGGGGAGCCCUACCGGCCCCACCUGCAGAAGAUCUGCCAGGGUUUGAACAAGCUGAUAGAGGAGGGGAAGCUGUGAGUGGGGUGGGAAGGGGCCUUGCCUUUCUCCUCCUUCUCAGCCAGCCAAAGAUUAUGGGAGUUGGAGGCCUGGAAGCACCUUACUCCCUUAUGCACCUAUGGAAAUCCUAGGCGAGGAGCAAGGACCUUCAGGUUUAUAGGGGAUGGAGAACUGGAGGAUCCAACAGGACAAUCAAGACUCAGGCGUGUCCUGGUUGCACUCAGGCCCAUCCAUGGUCUCCGCAUCCGCCCCAGUCCUCUCCACCCCCUCAUGGAUUGGUCCCCCGCCCCCGACUCUUUCUCCCCAUCAGAACGGUAAUUUUUGUACACACUCAUCUUGUCAUUGUUACUAACACGUUAAGGGGGAGAAGCUGCGCCCGCCUCGCCGUGUCGCGCGGGGGAUCUGCUGCAGGGGGGGCACCCGGGCCAGCCUGGGCAGUUACCCCUUGAUGGUUCAGUUUGUGAGGCCAGCGGAGGUGGGGCUGGGUUCAGCUCCGAUGAAGGCAAUAGAUCAAGACCCCCCCAAACAUUCCCCAUUGCGGGGUUGGCCGUGGCCAAAGGGAUCAGUCGAGGCUCCACCGAGCCAGCAAAACAGAGGGGGGUGGCAGAUUCUGAGCUUAUACAUCAAUUGCACAUAAACGCAACGCCCAGGGGAAGGGACCAGCCACCGGCGUAAACCCCUGUCCUUGCCACAUGGUUCCCCAGUGGUCAGGUCUAGUCCCCAGGGCUGCACUCGGUGGAGCUCUGUCCCGGCAUCAUACUCAGGUUUGGGAGCUUAGCUUCAACCGUCCACGAAAGCUUAUGCUCUAAUAAAUUUGUUAGUCUCUAAGGUGCCACAAGUACUCCUGUUCUUCUUUUUGCAGAGUUUAGGACUUUCCCUCCCCGAGCCCAGCCGCUGACGCUGCCAAAGACAGGGGUGAGGCCAUGAGCAGGGUGAGAAGGGGGGACCCCAUGUGAGUCAGAAACUCCGUCAAAGGUCCCACAGGCAAAUGGUAGGGUCCCCCCCAUGCCUUUCCUAGCCACUCUGCCCUCCUGCCCCAGCCCCUCAUCCCUGCCAGCGCCGUGAUCUCUUGGCUCAGUUUAUGGCCAAUGCCAUGGCAGCCUACGGUGGGCUGGAAGGUCGGUGGGUUUCCCAUGGCCUGUCGGAGGGAGGCGGGUGGCUCAUGACUCCAGGAAGCCCCUUAGCAGCUGGGCUCCCUUCACUGCAGCUCAUGCAAACCCAGGGGCUACAGAGGUCAAGCAAAGAUACCAGCAGCUUCCUCGGAGCGGGCGUGUUGGGAACAGACCAGCAGACCAGGCUACCUUGGCUGGCAUGGGCAUAGUUAAAGGGUGGGCAUGCAGCCCUCAGAGCCACCCUCCCCUGGCCGGUUUGGUGCCACGCUGGAUGCUGCCAGCUCACCGAGAACGUGGCUGGACGGUGCACAUCCCAGGCCUGCAAAGUCAAACAGCGCCUGGCGUAGGAAGGGGGAGGCAGGGGAGACCAGAGCCAGAGCUCGCCAAGCGGGGCAUGAGGCCGCCUUCCCACUCUGGUAGCCUGGCCUGAUCUCCACACACCCCAGGGUCCGUCCCCCCCCCACCCCUCUCCAGCACUCAGCUGCUGGCCUGGCACUAACCCAGCAUAUGGCUUUGUCUCCCCCUCGUGGUUGGGGUAAGAGGCUGAUUGGUGCCCUGGUGGCAUCAAUUAAUGGAGGAUGGGGGGGAAGCAAAUGCUCCCCCUUCCCCAAAGUUUUUGCACUUGCUCAAAGUUCCACAAGCUUUCUGGCCCCCGGAAAUUAAAGCACUCCCAACCCUCCCUACAGGAACCCCUGGCUGUCAGUUUUAAUUUGGCUGGUGCAUUUAAAGAUGGAGGGGUCACAGGUUAGAUUCACCCGAGCUGGGGGAAGCUGCUGGCUUCUCCACCUUCCAGGAGCUGCUUUCUACGGAAGAUAAUAGACUCCAAAAGUAAAACCUUCCCUGCCCAUGAGCAUCUGUGCUGGUCCCACUACAGCCUGACAGGUGGGAAUUAAUCAGAGGAGGAAUGUAAUUAGGCUUAGGUACUGCCCCAACCUGGUCAACAUUUGGAAGAGCGCCUCCCAGGUGCUCCAGCAGCUUGCACUGGUGGGUCAGUAGGAGGCGCUCUUCCAGCCACAUCAGCCCUGAUCCCAGUGCUCGGUGAGGAGCUGCUACACAUGCCGGUUUUCUCAAGGCAGCUCCUUGCAGCCAUUAAAGAGCCUAUGGCCCCAAAAGCCUCAUGAUUAAAAGCCGUUACUGUGCAGCGGGCUGCGUGAAAUGGUGACGGGGCUCAGCCAGGUUUGCAGCACCCAGGUCUCCAUGGCACAAAAGGGGGGGGGGGCUCUUCAGAGCAGGGCUGUUUGCCCAGGCGCCCAAGGGAUGCGGAGAUCUCCAGCCCCAGCACCCAACCGGCACUCCACCUAGGCAGGGAGGAAGCAGACGGAGGAGCCUGCGGUUGCCCUGUCGCAGGCGGGGAUGCAACGUCACAGGUUAGCGGAAGCCGGGUGCACUGGGCAGAGGCCAGGGACAGAGAGCACCUCUGCUGGCAACGCUGCCCGCGGGACUCGGACAGUUCCAAGGGAGAGGCGGACUGCAGGCAAGGCCAGCCUGGGGCAUCGCGGGCAGCUCACUACAGCGAUGGCGAACGGCACCACAAUGGGACACGCUGGCACAGCGGGCAGCUGCCACAGGGACAGGCCCAGAGCCGCUCAGGAUUCAGCCAGGGGGAGGCGCUGGUCCUGCUUUCCCCUCCCUGCAAGCCUGAUUGAUCAAUCUCCCCUUCUCAGUGCAUCAGCAGGCCCCUGGCACACUCCACCCCUCACCGGCUCUGCCCCCCCCCCCCACUGCUCUGCUGCACCCCAGCCCCCAUUAUCCCAGCCUUGAGCCCUGCUCAGACUCUGCCGCUGCUCCUCAAUCCCAACGCACAGCCCACCCCCCACCCCCGCUGCUAUCCCAGCCCUGGGCCCCCCCAGACAGCUCUGCCACUGCCCCCACCCUGGGCUACACAGCUUUCCCGCUAACACAGGUGGCAUGUGGGCCUUACUCACUGCAAUCAAGAGCCUAAGACAAAUGACAUAUCAGCCAAUACCGGCCACACACUGCAAGGGAGGGCAAAACAUCCAGCGACUUCUACGGGAGCAGGAUCUGACCCAUUUUUGGAGCCCCUCCCCGCUGACUGCCACUGCUGUACAAAAGCCGACCCAAACCUGCUUUGUGGGGAAAUAAAGGGGAGGAACAGACAUG